GCAUUCCGCGCGUAUAUCAAAUCUGGUUUUAUUAAUCAGUCCACUUGCAAACUUUGCAUGGUUAAGAUUAGAAAAAUUUUGGAUAGUUAUUCGCGUACGGUGUGGAAAAACAAAAAUAGAUGGAAACCGAAUUCAAGGUUCCCAAAAAGCGAAAUUUUCGUGAGAAUGUAAACCCCUUUAGCGCCUUAUUCUUUCUACACAUGUUCCCAGUAUUCCAACGGAAUUGCAAAAAAGGCCUCAAAGAAACCGACCUGUGCGACGUACUGGACGAACAAAAAGCAAUAUUGUUGGGAGACAAACUAGAAAGCAUUUGGAAAAAGGAGUUCAGUUCGGAUAAGAAACUACACAAGUCACUAUUUCGUAUGUUCGGCUUUGAAUUUGUAAUAUAUGGAGUCUUGCAAUUUGUCAAUGAAUUGACAUUAGUGGCAUUGCUACCGCUUGCAGUAGGAGAGUUCAUUUCGUACUUUGAAGAAAAACCUACCGAAGGCAGUGAGGCAAACGCUUACACUUACGCGGCGCUAAUUGUUUUCUGCAUUUUGCUGAACGCCUUUGUAAAUCAUUCCACUGCAAUGGGCUUGAUGCACAUAUCAAUGAAGAUGGCCAUCGCUUGCAGUUCAUUCAUAUACCGCAAGUCGUUAACUUUAACUCAUACACGUCUAGUACAAGUUACUUCCGGUCACAUUCUCAAUUUACUUUCAACGGAUGUCAGUCAUUUAGAAUAUGGACUGCUAGUUGUCCACUAUAUUUGGAUUUCGCCAAUUCAGGUAGUCGUAGGAAUUUACUUGCUGUACCGCGUUAUAGGCGUCGCGGCGUUCCUCGGAAUAAGCCUUCACUUACUAUACAUUCCAUUACAGAUUUAUUUCGGUAAGAAAAAGUCCGAGUAUCGUUUGAGGGCGGCGAAACGGACAGAUGAACGCGUUAACAUCAUGAAUGAAAUUCUGAAUGGAAUUAAUGUAAUUAAGAUGUAUGUGUGGGAGGGACCCUUCGCUAAACGAAUUUCGCAAGCACGAAGGUCUGAGGUGAAGAUCUUUCGCGCUUCGUAUCACUUAGACGCAAUCACACACGCCUUGGAAAUAAUUAUGCCCGGAUUUUCUAUAUAUUUAAGUGUAAUUGCAUUUAUUUAUCUAGGAAAUACUAUAAAGGCGUCGACCGUUUACUCCGUAAUCGCCAUUUUUGACGCGUUACGACCCACAUUAACCCUAAUGUUUUCAGAGGGCAUAUCAGAUCUUGCCAAAGUUCUCGUUACUAUUAGUAGGAUACAAACCUUUCUUAAUUACGAGGGGACAAAUAGUGCAUUUACUGUCAAUAGAGACACUACGGCGAGUAAGCCUGAAAUAAUUCUGCAAGAUGUUAGUGCUAGCUGGCAAUUGCAUAGCUUCAACGAUUUAGUGUUGGAACGCAUAGAUCUGAAGAUUGAUCAUCCUCAGCUGGUAGUAAUAAUUGGUUCGGUUGGAAGUGGAAAAAGUAGUAUAUUCAGCAUUUUACUCAACGAACUCCCGUUGGUCAGUGGAUAUGGUCAAAUUAACGGAAUAAUAUCGUACGCAUCUCAAACGCCGUGGCUAUUCGCUGCAAGCAUUCGCCAAAACAUUCUGUUCGGAAGUUCGUACGAUGAAGAACGUUACAAGAAAGUAAUAAAGAUCUGCGCGCUCGACUCAGACUUUAACUCAUUCCCUUGUGGUGACCGAACUGUAAUUGGCGAACGAGGCACCACGUUAAGCGGAGGGCAAAAUGCUAGAAUCAAUUUGGCGCGCUGCAUUUACAAGGUUGCGGACAUAUACUUACUGGACGAUCCCUUAUCAGCCGUGGACGUUAAUGUUGGUAGAAAGAUUUUUCGGGAUUGCAUAAAAGAAUUCCUUCGAGAUAAGAUAUGCGUUCUAACAACCCACCAGGUUCAAUACCUAAAAGAUGCCGAUGAGAUAAUGAUUUUAGACGGCGGAAAGCUAGUGGGGAAGGGACGGUAUGAUGACUUGAACGGACUGAAUUUUGAUCAGUUCCUCCCAAAGUUACACGAAGACCAAAGGCAUUCCGCGGCUCUGAGCGAUUUCGAAGAUUAUUUCGAAACCAAAGAGUACUCGGGAAAUCUUCACACUUUCAAAGAGACUAUGCAAAAGGGUAGCAUCAAGGCUAGUGUCUAUCUUGGUUAUUUUAGAUAUGGAGGAAACAUAUGCGUUAUUGCAUUACUGGUACUUUGCUUUGUCGGGUCACAAAUUAGCGAAAGUGGUUACUAUUUCUUUAUAUCAUUUUGGGUGGAUGUGGAAUACAACUCUACUAACGGAAGUGCCAACGUUACCAUUUAUCAAAACGGAAUGAAACGCUUGGAGUUAAUUUACAUGUACACAGCGAUCAUCUUCACCAUAGUGGCUUUGGCAGUAACCCAAGCAAUCUUCUUUUACGCAUUUUUUAUGAGAGCAUCAGUUAAUCUUCACAACUCCAUCUUUGAAAAAAUUAUAAGGGCAACCAUGUCCUUUUUUAAUGCAAACCCAACAGGCGUAAUUUUGAAUAGAUUUUCUGAUGAUCUAGGAGAGGUCGAUGAAUAUAUACCAAAUAUUUUAGCAGACACCAUACAGAUAUCCCUUCAACUAGUUGGUGUAAUUGUGGUCACAACAAUCAUAAAUUACUGGUUCUUUUUACCAUCAGUCGGGCUUCUCUUAUUCUUUCUCCUGUUAAGAAGUGUAUAUAUGAAGACCAGCCGAAGCGUAAAGCGCAUUGAAGGAAUAACCCGAAGUCCUAUUUUAUGUCACAUGUCUACAACACUGCGGGGAAUAACGACGAUCCGAGCGUUUGGCGUCGAAAGCGUGCUGCGACAAGAGUUCCACACCUUCCAAGAUUACCACACAUCUGCUUGGUACUUAUAUAUCUCAUCCAAUAAGGCGUUUACCUUCUGGCUGGACUUGAUAUGCGGAAUCAUCGCGUCCUUAAUCAUUCUCAGCUUAUUUCUAAACAACAAGGAUUAUCGUGGAGGCGAUGUUGGUCUGGUUAUUAACGAAUUCUUAAGUUUAAUGGGCGUCUUGCAAUGGGGCAUGAAUCAGUGGAGCGAGUUGGAGAACCACAUGACCUCAGUGGAACGGAUUCUCGAGUAUAAAAAGGUCGAAACUGAGCCUAAGCGAAGAGUCCUCAAAGGUAUAAGCGAAAAAUGGCCCGAUCGGGGGAGCAUCACUUUCCAAAAUGUAUCAAUGAAGUAUAACAGCUUCGAUGGGCCUAUUAUUAAAAAUCUGAACGUGACGAUUAAAUCCAAAGAAAAAAUCGGAGUAGUCGGGCGCACUGGUGCCGGUAAAUCAUCGACGAUUGCGGCAUUAUUUCAGUUGUACCCUAUCGAAGGUUCCAUUUUAAUUGACGAUGUUGAUAUAACACAAGUGCCCUUAGAGAGGCUACGUAGUAAAGUUGCCAUUAUUCCACAGGAGCCUUUCCUGUUUUCUGGCAGUAUAAGGUACAAUUUAGAUCCGUUUGAGGAGUACAACGAUGAUGUUUUGUGGGGCGCUUUAGAGAACGUUCAGUUGAAAGAGGAUGCAAUAAACUCUGCUUUUGGGUUGUAUUAUGAUGUCAUGGAAUCGGGUGCCAAUUUGAGCGUAGGUCAAAGGCAAUUGCUCUGUUUGGCUCGAGCGAUAAUACGCCAUAAUAAGAUUCUCAUCCUUGACGAAGCCACUGCAAAUGUAGAUCCGCGAACGGAUCACUUAAUUCAAGAGAUAAUCAGGGAGAAGUUUGCAGAUUGUACGGUGAUUACGAUAGCGCAUAGAUUGCAAACGAUUAUGGAUUCGGAUAAAGUAAUCGUUAUAGAUUCUGGCGCGAUUAUCGAGUUUGACUAUCCACACCUUUUGUUACAAAAUAGCGGCAGUAAAUUUUAUGGUAUGGUGCAUGCUACAGGAAAGUCAACUGCUGAAAACCUCCACCGAUUAGCAAAAGAAAGUUAUUGUAGGCGCAUCCGAUCAUCAAGUCAGUACUUAAAAGUCAAGCCCUAAACCAACUUUAAGGAUAUGCGGGACAUCUUUUUUACUAACAGGGUUAUGUAAAAUUUUGUUGGCCAGCCCUACCCUAAGUGUAGGCUUUGAAUAUAAACUAAUUUUAUUCAAAGGUGUAGGUAUAUCGGAAAAAGAUAUAAUGCAUAAACUUGUACGGCAAACAAUUGUUGUAUAAUGUUAGCGAUUGUUAAUGAAGAAAGCAAUAAAAACAACAUUUGUAUUUUCAACUUCGUAUCGCAAUUUUUUUUGUUAAAAAAACCGAUGCAACUGAACGCCGAACGAUCCUCGAGAUCUUCACGCAUCCAUCA